AAUUGAGCACCAGGCAGCAGUCUUGAGCCAAGCCCCCUGCCAGCAAGCAUGGCCAGCGAGUUCAAGAAGAAGCUCUUCUGGAGGGCGGUGGUGGCCGAGUUCCUGGCCAUGAUCCUCUUCGUCUUCAUCAGCAUUGGGUCUGCCCUGGGCUUCAACUACCCGGUGGGGAGCAACCAGACGGCAGUCCAGGAUAACGUGAAGGUGUCACUGGCUUUUGGGCUGAGUAUCGCCACACUGGCGCAGAGUGUGGGCCACAUCAGCGGUGCCCACCUCAACCCGGCUGUUACGCUGGGGCUGCUGCUCAGCUGCCAGAUCAGCAUGCUCCGGGCUGUCAUGUACAUCAUCGCCCAGUGUGUGGGGGCCAUCGUCGCCACCGCCAUCCUCUCAGGCAUCACGUCCUCCCUGCCCACGAACUCGCUCGGCCGCAAUGACCUGGCCCCUGGCGUGAACUCGGGCCAGGGCCUGGGCAUCGAGAUCAUUGGCACCCUUCAGCUGGUGCUGUGCGUGCUGGCCACCACCGACCGCAGGCGCCGCGACCUGGGUGGCUCGGCCCCCCUUGCCAUUGGCCUCUCUGUAGCCCUGGGACACCUGCUGGCGAUCGACUACACAGGCUGUGGCAUUAACCCUGCUCGGUCCUUUGGCUCUGCAGUGAUCACUCAUAACUUCAGCAACCACUGGAUUUUCUGGGUGGGGCCGUUCAUCGGGGGAGCCCUAGCGGUGCUCAUCUACGACUUCAUCCUGGCUCCACGCAGUAGCGACCUCACAGACCGAGUGAAGGUGUGGACCAGUGGCCAGGUGGAGGAGUACGACCUGGACGGCGAUGACAUCAACUCCAGGGUGGAGAUGAAGCCCAAGUAGAGGGGUCCUGGCCCGGGCAUCCACGUGGGGGCGGGGCAGGGGCGGGCGGAGGGGGGGAUGAAAUCCAUA